AUGGAAAGCCUCCAGGCUGAUGUAGAAAUGCUCUUUGCUGAGAAGAUUGUUUCAGUGGGCAGAGUCACUUUUGGAGAAGAGAAUAGGAAGAUGAUGACCAAUAGCUGUUUGAAGAGAAAUGAGAAUCUGAAGAUCAUCAAGGCUAUCUGUGCACUGCUAAAUUCUGGAGGGGGCGUGAUUAAGGCAGAGAUUGAUGAUAGAACCUACAAUUAUCGAUCCCAUGGGCUGGGACAGGAUUUAGAAACUUCCUUUCAGAAGCUCCUGCCUUCGGGCUCACAGAAGUGCCUUGACUAUACACAGCAGGGAGACCUUCUCCUGAUUUUUGUGAAGGCAUGGAACCCAGAUGUUUGCAGCCUCCCAGUGAAGAUUUGUAGCUUGCACUCCAAUUUAUAUCGGAGAGAUGUGACCUCUGCUAUCAACCUGAGCGCGAGCAAUGCCCUGGAACUUCUUAGAGAGAAGGCAUCUAGAGCCCAAAGAGGCACACGGGACUUGCAUACUCCUCAGAGAACCCUAAAAAGAUAUAUUCAAGAAGAGGAAGAUAUGAAGGUGGCGGCCUCAGAAUUCUUUGAAAGGGAUAGACUUAGAUAUAAAGAGAAGCUCAACUUUACUGAGUCAACACACGUCGAGUUUAAAAGGUUCACCAGCAAGAAGAUUGUCCCUCGGAUUAAAGAAAGGCUACUUCACUAUGUUUCUGCAUUUGCCAACACUCUUGGGGGAUACCUAAUUAUUGGGGUUGAUGACAAGAGCAAAGAAGUGUUUGGAUGUAAGAAAGAAAAAGUGAAUCCUGACUUAUUGAAAAAUGAAAUUGAAAACUACAUAGAAAAGUUGCCUACAUAUCAUUUCUGCCAGAAGAAACCCAAGGUCAAGUUCACUACCAAAAUCAUAAAUGUCUACCAAAGAGAUGCCCUGUAUGGUUAUGUCUGUGUGGUUCGAGUAGAGCCCUUCUGCUGUGUGGUGUUUGCAGAGGAUCCGGAUUCCUGGAUCUUGAUGGAAAAUUCUGUCACAAGGCUGACAGCUGAGCACUGGGUGGUCAUGAUGCUGGAUGCUCAGUCAG